AUGUCAGAAAUAGCACCUUUAUGGAUAUACGAAAAAGGCUCGAGUGACUACGCACAUGGCCAACAGGAUGGCGCAGAAGCAAGUGACCUUAUGACAAGUACAACUUCUGACCAUGUAGUCAAUGGAGCCGUUUUCGUGCAUCCAUGAAAGCGCCAUUUCUGAUGUCGUCAGCUUUUUUAACAGUUUAUUUUAAGAGGAAUUAGGGUUGAGAUCCCUUGAGGACUUUGUUUCAUGUAAACUUCCGGGAGCGUCUUUUUAUUGAUCUUUAGCAGGCGCGCAAGGACGAUUCAAGUGGUCAAACGUUGGAAUAGACCUUUUUAUAGCUUGCAUGUUUUGUUUUCCCAAUAAAGACUACAUGAUAUUCUCCAGGGCCCAGGUUUGCUUCUCAAGCUCUCAUAUCUGAAAUCAAAUUUCGAACUAACUCUGGGUUAACUUAACCCUGGUGUGAACAACCCUUCCCAGGGAAUUUGCCUUUUGUCCUUUCUUAGAUUAUGCAUACAUAAUGCACAUGAAUAGCACGAUAUUCGAAAGAAACUGUUACCUGAGGUAUCAUCAAUAGGUCUCAAAUGGGAAUUAAAACAUUCAAGCCAAAAAGGUCUAUUUGAGGCUGAGGCACGUUGCCCGGCAGCUCCCAGUCGACCAGUUGGCAUUGAACAUGCCGUUUAUUCAGUCACCGUGUCAGCUUACCAUGUCGGAACGUACGGCGUAUCCAAAGACAUGAAAACAACGCGUGACAGACAAACUAAAAAUAAUCAGAACAAUAGAAUUAGGGAAAAACUCCCGUGUAACCCUUGACCUCUCAUGACAAGUGCAAUAAGGAAAUACACUGCAUGUUUCACUUAAGAAGCGCGAACCCAACACGGAAACCUCUUCCAAUAUACUUAGUGGAUUUAUGGGGCUAAGUUAAAAUCCAUUGCCUCUAUAGUCACCUCUUUACAAGACCAAUCGUUUCACACAGUUGUAGAGCUAGAAGGGAGCACUUAUACUGGAACUAUCAGCGAAGGAUAGAAUUCCUAUAGUCGAUCCUGAUAUGGCCGGCUAAGCAAAUUUGUGCAAGGUAAUGACAACUACCUUUAUUUUAUUAUUUCGUUUCCUCAGAUAACCCGUUUCAUGUUGGUGCCUUGCAUUUGCACGAAAUUAAAGAUUAAUGCUGAUAACCGUAUUAGUAAACGUUGCUUCCAGAGUUAGCUGGCCGACUUGAGGUAAUUGUGUAACUGGUUUUGUGUACGUGCGUCCUUAGUUUUGACCACCGGGCAGGAAUCCAAAAUCCCCGCCAUAUUGGAACAUAUAUCGAAGCAGUCAGCCAAUAGAGUUUCAGUCAUAAAACAUGGGUAAGUACAUAAAUGUUUCUUUAAUUUUCUGAUAUUUUUUUUUUUGAUAACAUGUAAAAUAUCGUUGUCAUGCCAUUGCAACUAUUUCUAGUUAUCAUUUCCGGAUGUAAGCGUGUCGGGCUGCGCCGGAGAAUUUCUUCAACCUAAGAAUACUUCCUCCAAUUUUGCUCAAACCCCAUGGGACAACUCAGGUCUCCAGUGUUACCUUUAAGGGAACAUUACCGUACAGAAAAGCAAUUACUCGAAUCAAAAUGCCGAAUAACUGUGUUUUAGAGAAUAAAGCUAGAAAACGAUUACAUGCCACUAUGUUUGUCUUUUAGGUAACGGGUUGAGUUCAGGCUUAGUUACCUAAAACUAAAAAUAACAUUACAUUUUGGGACAGUUUUUAUAGUUAAUGUUACGAACUCAGUCUUACGGUAUUUGAUUAUUUAGUUUGUUGUUUUGUACUUUGACUUCCAGUCAAAAAAACUUGAGCCCGCACACUGUAUUGUUAAUGCAAUUGUUAGCGCUAUUUGCAAGAGCUUAAAGUACUCCGUCCUUAUAUAUAGUUUAUGGCCUUAGUUCUUUUAUUCUCAAUAAUUCAUUUGGUCCGCUCAUCUUCGUGAAUGACAUUUCUGCCAAUUUUACCAAAGUAGAUUCCCGUCUGAGUGUUUAAAUCCCUAAAUGACGUCACAACAUAGCUUGAAAGUUGCCGGCUUGAAAGCACUCGUCUGAUCUGAUUGUUUUCGCGUGCUCAAAUAUUUAAAUAUAGUUAAUGAGGGAACCCUAACAUAAUGUUUAUUCAAGCACCCGAAUUAAGUGCUGCAGCUAUCCUUAAAGGAGAUCUUUAAUGGGCUAUGGCUUGGCUAUGAAGCACUUCUUCUAUUUCGUUUUUGAUGCAAGUUUUUGCAUUCUGAGCAAUUUCUCUAGUUAUCUUCUAAUUCUUAGAUAUCGAGCAGCUUUUAGUGCUUAGAUUGGCCUUUCAUCCGUAUUUCACAAUAUUUUUGUAGACAAUUUAUGAAUUUCCUGUAAAAAAGGAGCCAAAUCCUCUCCCCUGGGGCAGAUCAUGGACUCAAGAUAAAAGUAGCUGGGCUGCUAGGUCAGCGGUUUUUAGAGAAAAUUCAAAAUGGUGGAGGAAGAUUCACACUCGACUGACUUGAGUGUCUUGUCGGUGAAGGUCGUUCAGUAAUUUUAUUGACUCAUUACAUUUUUUGGUUGGUUAAGGACAGGUUGUUUAGCAACGCUGGUUACGCCGCAAAAUCGCACAAAAAUGCUUAGAAAUCCUACUUUUGUUGUUCAAUUUGCACAUUUUAGCUUCAGACCAAGAAACGUUUUUGUUUUUUCGAGCAACUUUUGAGCAACUUUCGCCACAAAAAUCAACUUUUGAUUGUCCUUUGAGCAACUUUUUGAGAAAUUACGGGAAACGUUUUGGAAAAUCUCGAGCAACUUGUGGAAAGCCCUAAACUAAAACGAUUACGGUGAUUUCGAAUUCAGCUUUUAUAAAGGUAAAUGUUACAAACUCAUUCUUAAGGUCUUUGAUUGUCUGUGUUCUCUCAGUGUACUUUGACUUCCUGUAAAACAUAUGCAAGAGCUAUUUGCAAGAGCUUUAAGUACUCCAUCUUUAUAGUUAUGUGAGACGUUAGUUCGUGAUCUUCAAAAAUUCAUUUGGUAAACUUAAUCUUCGUAAAUGACAGUAGGCCAUUGUAUUGUAUCCAAAAUAGAUUUCAAAAUAGAUUCCCAUCUGAACCUGUGUACAGACGUGCCCCCUCCCUCACAAAAAAUCGGGGAGGAAGGGGGGACGUCUGUACACAGGCUAUUCCCAUCUGAGUAUUUAAAUUUCUCGACUGACUUCAUAACAAAACUAAUGCACAGGAUCUAUGCUUGAACGCACUGAUCUGAUUUUUUUCGUGUGCUCAAAAAUCUAUAUUUAUGACUCCUUUUACUACUCAUAAUGUAUUAUUGUUAAUUAAAAACAUUUAGCCAUUUCUGUUUGGUUUUAAAUUCCUGGCUAGCUCUUCAAAACAUGCUAUGGCUUAUAAAAUCUAGAACGAAAACAUCAAAUUGUCCAAUAACAGAAAUAGUUAUUGAACGAGCGAUAUCAGUGGCGCUCUCUUUGUUGAGUAAGCGUCAAAAGGGUUGGGAAAUUUCUAAAUGAUUAACGAGGACGAGACAGCCAAAUAACUGAGCUAAGCUAAUCUAAAGACCUUGCAAGAAUAUAUACACAAAGAAAGUUGCAUGCCCACUGCCUCUUGAGGAAUGUCUGCAUAGAAACCCGGCUAAACUCACUCGUCCAUGAUCACAUCAUCUCAGUGACGGUGCUUCAGACUGAGAGGCAGCUGUAUUCGUAGGCUGGUCACCAAGGGAUUCGGAUUGCAACAUUUCAAUUGCAAAUUACUGGUUCCCAUCAGACUCUGAAUCCCCAUGAUGGGCGGGUGAUGAGGCUUGAUAGUAAUAUACAUUACAAAUUGCACUCUAUUAGUGGUUUCUUGAUUUAAGAGAAACCGUAUGGCACCUGAAAGUUCCCGUCUAACUUGCCAUCACUCACAUGACUUGUCUGUACAGGUACCGAAAACGACUAAGUAACUUAAUGAGGACGCUCGUCUUCAAUAAAAACCAUCGUUGCCUUGAUCGCCUCGCCAAAUCGGCCUUAACCGCAGGGCUCACUUAAAUCGUCAUCAAACUUAUCCUUUUCCAACACAGUGUCGACUGGAUACUUAAGUUGAAUCUUAUUUGAAAUAUAUUAUGAAACAGUACAAGCGUGAAAUACAGUGAUCUCAUUGGUGUCAGGGCUCUUUGCCCAUUAAUGUCGAAACUCGUUGGGCACUAAUGUUAACAUGCCCUUUUUUCAAAUAUCCACGCCAUACUUGGAGCAUGGUGCUGGUUUCCUAGUACAGGUUCGCGACCUUGAACUCGGGCACUCCUUAAAUGUAUACGUGUGCUCGUUUCUGUUACCGGUUUUGGGGCUAUCCAUUGCUUUUUCCUCGCAGCUGAGCUCACUUUUAAAGUGACGUUUGACACUACACAAUUUCAUACUGGGUACCCAGGAUACUCAGGCAUUAGAAGUGGCAAUAUUUUAUCAAGGGCAAAGCCUCUCGCAGGCUGUUAUCCACCUCGGCAUAACAUUCUCCUCGAUCUGCAUAAUUCUACACAUCAUACUUAGCCUCAUUCUAUAAUUGUUAUAUAUUUAUUGUAACGGAAAUACUUUUUGUACUGCGACUUAACGACUGUGUUUAUAAUUAGCUCACUGUUGUCUAAGGUUUGAUUUGUAUCGGUCCAAUUUAUUCACUCGACUCAUGAAAAGCUCGUCGUCUAUAACGGGCAUAAGACAUUCUGAAACGGGUAACAUGACAGUGGCAGAUCCAGGGGAGGGGCCUGGGGGGCCCGGGACCCCCUUAUUUUCAGACCAUACUGUGUCCCGAAGGGCCAAAAAAAAUUCUGGAGACUGCUCCCCACCUUAACUCAGGGUCUGGAUGACCGCCUCCCCCCCCCCCCCCCCCCCCUCCCCCUUAUCUCAAGGUCUGGAUCCGGUACUGAUGAUAGAACAUGAUAGAACAUGAAAAGCCCCUUGGAGACGUUUUAAUGCAAAGCAUUCACUUUAGAUCUAGAUUUGGGAUUAAAAAUCCCCUGAGACCUGAUCGAACCGGGUCGUUUUUAUUUUGGAUUCACUCAUCUGCGUCCAAACGAUAAAACAAAUCCUGUACCAAUAAUUUCCGGAUUUGAAAUCACUUCUAGUAUAAAUGUAGCCUAAACUGUUUUAACAGUUUAAAACCCUUUGCGUCCUGAAUACGUGCAUAUUAUUUUUGUAACCUUUGGCUAUAAAUAGUCAAAAACGCGUAAUUCUGCUGCGUCACAUUUGCGCCAUAUGUUUGUCAAAUGCGAGGAAUGUCACGCAAGUUAACGGUCGGGAUUCGUUUGGCGGUUUCAUGGACUUGACUGUUGCAGCUUCAUGGCUUUUUCGGAACCACUUUCCUCUGCAGAAGCGCCCAUGCUGGCAUUAUAAAGCUGGAAUGGGGGGGGCAAUGAACGAAUGGAUGACGUAAGAAACCUGAGUUUGCCUGCCGAAGCAAAUGCCGCAGGCUCAACCUCCAUAUGACAAGAUGGUCAUUGAGUAUUGAUGACGUAACUGACAGUUAAAAGGGUAGCUGGUGAAACACCGUGGUUACAGAUGACUGCUCUCGACAAGGAAAUGAAUCUCUUGUGCAUAGCGAAGCGAUUUUAACAGCUCUCUUCGGGAUGUAUUAGGUUUGAUGUCCUUUCCUACUUUUACUGAGACGAAAUUGAAGGAUCGGUCAAUCAUCGUUGUAUAUUGCCUUGAAAAACUUAUCAAACUUGGGACAAGAAAAAUUCCUUUACAUUCAAAGUAACUACAUGGCAAUUUUUUCUUCCGCCGGUCGAUAUUCGAGUUCGUCUGUUCAAAUUCUGCGGAUAUACAAGUGGCUGAAACAACGCUGAACUACUUAUACAUAAGAUCAUAGAACAACUUCGCAUCAGCUUUUCUCAAUCAAAUAAUUGCCUUUCUGACAUAAAAGCGGCCUGCAGUUAACGCAAUUUAUUACAUCGAUCUUUAAUCGACAGCAGAGCGAGCUCUAACUUCACUUAAUCAUACCAAUUAAGGAAACCGAGGCUUCAAGCAAGACGCUGCAGACCAUCCAAUAUGGGUAAGUUCUUGAUUGUGCCUUUGUUUAAUACUUCUUGGGUAUAGAGCUAGAAAAAUUAUCGUAUAUUGCUUCUGCAAGCAUUUCUCUCUACUAUUUCCGGGUGAAGUGAGCCAUGACCUUUCUGUGUUAUUUCAGAGUAUCAAUGCUUUAGAAACUUCCCGUUCCAAAGAAGUGGCAUGCGGAUGAAAAUAUUUCUUGUAUAGUUAAGAGUUGUAGAACUUAAGCAUUGUAAAAUCUUUUUCCGCUUGCUAUGUUUGGUUAUUUAUUCUGUUUAUUUAGAAGACUUCGAUUUCGUUGUCCACAGAUUGCAAGCGAGAAUUACAAUGUCAUAAACUUUUCGGUUCAUUUGCCCUUCAACAAUGUUGCAAUUUGAAGCUAAUCCAAUUUACUUGGAUCACUUUUCUUUCAGUCUGGAUUGUCUUGCAUUGUCAUGUUUCCGUCAAAUAUACCCCAAAUAAUCACACACACAAAAAAGGUUAAAAUAAUAGAGAAGAAGGGCAUAAUUUAAAUGACAAUUUAUGUAAAUUACAGAAAAAUUAAAAUAUUCACGUUAAUUACUGCAACAGGUCUCAGGUGUUUUCAUAUACUCGCAAGAGCCCACAAUUCUAUUGGGUUAACUGCUGAACACCCACUUAAUCAGUUUCACUAUCUACAUUGAGCAGAAGAAACUAUCGGGAAAAUCUCUGCACGAAUUUAAGUAUAAAAAAUCUUCUCCCGGAAAAGAAUGCGCGAAAAAGCCCAAAGCGGAUUCAAAUUAUUUUCGGUUCCCUGGCAAUUUGAUGUGCACAUGACAGUAUGUUUUGAACUUAUAGGGGCAGGAGCACUUAAACUAUAAAGUCAAAAGUCGUUGAAGAGAACUUUGGUUGCCACCUUAAUUAUUUUUACGUCAAUGAAUAACAACUUUGACGUCUCUUAAUGCAUUUAACACGAGGUGUAUAGACAAAGGGUGAAAGGUGAUUAAAAAAUACAUUGGAAUUCCAGUUCACAAGAGGGAUAACAAUAUCAAGAAUUUUAACGAUGCACAGAAUCACAGCUUUGUGAUAUUUAUGAUAAUAAACAAAACUAGCAGCCACCUCAAUUCGCUUCUGCAAUAGAUACUAUAUCCGUUACAGAUCAUCCCGUCCAGCGGAGCCUGGAUCCGAGCCAUCAGCUGACAGAGAGUGAUAUCAAUGAAAGUCAGCUCCCGGAGCAGAUUGGCCUUAAAUGGAAAGACCUUGCUAGAGAACUACGUUUCCGUCAGAGUAUCAUAAAUAUGAUCGAAGAAGAAAAACGUCACAUUACUAAGGAAUGCUGCGUAGAAUUUCUUGUACAGUGGAUACAUAACAAGGGAACAGAAGCUACAGUUGGAAAAUUAAAAGAGGCUUUAGAAAGGAUAAAACUCAAGGACGUGGCUGAAAAUCUGAUCAGCGGUAAGCAAGAGAGAGAUACCGAAGUUUCUGUUUUUAAAAUGAGUAUCAUGUCAGUCAGUUGGCAAACGGAUUGCAGGCCAAUUUCUUGCAAAUUAAGCAUUUUUUCCUACUGGUGUGAUCUUUCUGCUUUGACUGCUUAGAAGUGUCAUAGUUUCUCACGGCAGUUCAAUCAGUUCCACCACAGCAUCUAGACCCUUUUGUAACUGGGAGGUAAUCUGGUAAGAUAUUCCACUUAGACUGGUCAUGCUCAACAUUCAUUUUUGUCUGUUAAUGAUUUGUUUAUACAUGUAGUUCUAUUUUUGAACAAGGGCGUUUUAAUGCCCUCUGUAAAUUAUUUCCGAUUUGUAGUAGUUGAGAGAUCAAACUUCGAUUUUAUAUUGGCCAACCUGAAACCUGGGUUGAUUGAUCUAAUUCCAAAUAAUGCGAGUUCCAUCAAAAAGACUAAAUAGCCACUCUUUUGCAUGCUUACAAUCUGUUCACUUUGCUUUCCACGUUCGUCUUUGUCCACCAAAAUGCUUCUUCUCAGCUCGCCUCAUGUAAAGUAUAACUCACGAAAGUCCAGAUUUCUUGUCAGUGGAACUUGAAAGCCGGAUUCCAAUCGUUAACGGGAUUCCGGUUUCUUUGUGCUGAAUUACGGAUUCCAAAGCCCAGAGUUCCAGAUUCCACUUGCAAAAUUUUUCCGGAAUAUGGAAUCAGGAUUACCAUAAUUCUGCGAGUAAUUCAGCCGUAUUCACAAUACAUACGAAGCAGCUGGGAGAUUAUCAUUAAUUAAAUGCGUAGGAUUUCAAAUAGAAUCGCAUAAUUGAAUAAAAUCUCGCAUUCUGAUUGGUUAACGAAGCGAGGUUUUUAGCGUGGAAUUGCGAGUUGAAAACGAGGCUAAGUGAUAUUGUUUCGCACUUACAUAUACUUAACAACUAUCGUCACAUUGUAACACAACAACUGAAAAAAACGUUUUUCUACAAUGUCAUGUUAAAUUAAAAUGUUUUCAAAACCAUUGUCACCUUUUGAAGAGCCAAAAUCAAACAAAAGCGUUUUCAACGAAAUGACAGUUCCGACAGUUGACUUUGAAAUGGCUUUCUGGAGCGCGCGCUCAGGAUAAAAACAAACAAUAUUAUUGCUGUUUUUUCUUUUUUUUUUUUUUUUAUUCAGUUUUGCGAUUCAGGGAAAAUCUAUUACCUGACUCGUGAAUUCCGUGUUAAAUUGCACUUGAAAACAGGUAUCUCGGUUUUCGCGUGCAAUUUAGCGCGGAAUAGACCUUAGGCAAACGCGUGAGAAAUUACAGUGUUUGUAUGAGAAUCUAAUCUCGAAUAAUUUGCGUAAAACGUCUGUUUUAAAAAAAAAUAUGAUUUGUAAACUAAAGCUUCACUCUUAAGGAUUCUGAAAAAAUUUGAGGGCGUUACAUGCGCUACACGACCUACAACCUUUUUUUUUAAAUUUUCUAUACAUUUGUCUGUAAAAAUUUCACGGGAAAAAUUGCAGACAAAUAUAUGGAAAAUCUAAAGCAAGCUUCUGGAGAAAUUUAAGCACAGUAACGGCCCCCAAAAUUUGUUAGUAAAAUCCUUUGCUGUGCAACUUUAGUUUACAAUUCAUAUUUUUUUCCAGAACAGCAAUUUUACGGAAAUCCGCGACAUUGCAUUCUCAUACAAACAUUAGAAUUUCGCACUCGUUGGGCUACUUGACAAGAUGGCGUCGAAAACCGUGACAGGGUCUAUUCAUGAGUCAGGUAAUGAAUUUUCCUAUAAUAUUCUGUAUGCAUGCUGCAAGUCAUUUUUAGCAGCGAUCUUGCUUUAAUACCAUUUAUAUUUUAUCGGUGAUUCCAAAAAAUGGCACUUCUGUUCCCUAAACACUAAAAAAUACCUUUGGAUGCUACAGCAUAAGGCAGCUCGCUUGCUUGACUUAACCACUGUGACUGUCACAGAUAUCGGCGAAUGAUCAUGGUUCAGUUUAAAGUAACAAUGUGAAGUGUUAUUGACGACUCAAUGUCAUUCUCAUUCUGAUCAGGACUCGGCUGCUGCUGCUGUCAAAGAUUAAGAACUGUGAAUACUGAAGAAUCAAACGCGCCAUAUCAGGUAGGUUAUUGUCAAUUCGAUGGUGUUCUAGACUUGCUUUAUAGAGGGAGCUCAAGAAAAGCGUUUUUAACUGAUAGGUGAAGCAACCCCAGCAGCUUAAAAGGGACUUUUUGCUGGAAUUUGUUGGUACAAGUUAUCUUUCCCGCACAGUAGAUCCGAGGGCUAAAUGGCAAGAAUAAUAUAAUGACAGCCCACCACGGCGCCAGAGGGACCUGAAACUUACGAUUCCUGCUUCUCCUUCUUUUUUUAGAUCAACAGAUGUGAUAGGAUGAUUUGUGAACUGAGUGACAAACUAAGAGCCAGCUUAAAAGAGGUAAACAAAAUUAUAUCGUAUCCAUGGGAAGAAGUAAGAGAGUGACCGGUCAAAGAGUAUAACAUGAUGUUUCCGCUUUUCUUCCAGUUUAACAAAUGAACUGACGCGAUACAUGUGAACUGAUAGAUGAAAUAAGCGAGGAACUUCGAUUUAGGCUGUGUCCACACGCAUCCAGACUUUUUUGAAACUGCAUAUUUUUUAUUCAAAUUCGUUUGGAAGGGGCCUUAAACCGCUGUGGGGAGGGGUCUCAAAACAAAGUGGUUUUGGUGAGCGCAUUCGUUGGUUUCGUGUGGACAGAAGGCCGAUUCGCGUAAAAAGUGUGCAGUUUAAAAAAUGUCAGGAUUCGUGUGGACAUGGCCUUACCUUACGGGAAGAGGAAUAAAUGUCGCUAAUAGCAAUUGAUUAGUUAUGUUGACAAUUCAUUUGCUGAAUAGCAGAUUCCCUACCAGUCCUUUUUCACUUAAUGAAGGUUCGUUUUAGUUUCGUUUGUUUGUUUGUUUGUUUUGGUAGGUUUCAAAAGUGGAAGCCCAAUUCAAAGCCCUAGAGUUAAAGCUUUCAAAAGAAAGGCAAAUGCGCCAGGACAAAGAACAAGAGGUGGGUCAACUACUGUUUUAUUCCUCUAGUCAUACUAGAUACUUCUUCAACCGUCCCCGAACACGGUUGAAUGACUGUUUGACGUGUACUUUAUCUUUGCUGAUUCUUGGUCUUGCAGGUUUCACGACUGAGCACUAGAAUUGCGGAAUUAGAAGAAGAGUUUUCAAUUGCCAAUAAAAGGGCCAUGAUGAGAACGACACUGAACAACAUGUGAGUCAACUGUCCGUUUGGUUUUAAAACAACUGCGCGCAAGGCUGCGGCACUUCUUGUUUUUAUUUCUUCUUCUAUUUGUGUGUCUGUCAAACUUCAAUAUGCAUUUUACACUAAGUCGUACCUCAGAAAUCUAAUAAAUAGGAAACGGGAAAAAGCAAAAAAAUCCUCAUGAGUCUACGUUGAGCUAAAACAAAACAACGAAAGCACUAAGGGGUUAACUUGGUUAUUUCCUGUUACUUAAUACACCUGCAGAUUAGUUUAUUGUUAAGAAGAUGUAAUAUAAAGUUUCUGAAUAUCCGAGUUAUAUAUACACAGACCCGUUGAAAUAUGGAAUUAAUAAGACAUUGUUCCCUGAAUUCUUACGCAUUCAAUUUUUCAAUCAAUUUUCAGCAAAGUGAUCUCUCGACUGAUUCAGACCAGUUAGAGCAUCGCGUUGAUGUUCGGUUAAGAAACAUCAAUGACCAGCUUCACACAUACGUUACAUCCCCCUUGCAAGUACAAGAAGUGAAACAAGAUCAACUAAGAACAGCAGUAAAACUUGAUCUGCUGACAAAACUUAGCGAGCGGUUACAAGAGCUUUACACGGAGGCUCUAGGUAUGGUUAAAGAGGCCGGGAAAUGUAGCGAAGAUUUAAGGAAAGACUUCUAUGACCUGGCCUACCACGGGCUCAGGGCGGAACAUUAUGAGCUGGUCCACAGAGUCAAGGAUCUGGAAUCUGCCCAGGAGGAGAUGUCUGAGGAGGAAAAUAAGGAAUUUGACAAGCUGCAGUCAUAUCAGAGGGGCAGACAAAGCCAGGUCGACCAAUUAGACAAACUGUGGAGAUAUCUCUUUACCCCGGUAUGUAUAAUGUUAUUAAUAACUAACCUUCAAAAUAACCAAAUUAACGGUUUGACUUUUAUUUUAUUUUAUUAAGCAUUAAUAUUUUUAGGUCCUGUUAAAGAAAAAAAAACAAAAAAAGGACACUGGAAGACUGAAAGGCGGACACUUUUAAUAACUUGUGAUUGAUUUGGCGUGAUGGAAGCUUUUUCCAAAAGGCGAACAAAUCUCAGAACACCACUGAGGAUGGGUUGGGACGAAUAAGAAUUCGACUAAUAAUCUAUUUUUCCUGGCCCUUAAAAUCCACACUUUAAUGCUUCAACAAGGCCUUAAAAAUUGUGUUCUUUUUCAAGAACACAAAUAAUCUAAAGAACUUAUUCCUGUCUUUAAUAGAAAGGAAUUCCACUUCCGAAUCCGACUCCAAUUCAGUAAAGUGAAGAGUACGGAAAAGUUUCGAGCGAUAUUCAUUCCACAGAAAAUUACCAACAUUUACGUGCAUGAUUGCUGAUUGUUUGCCAAAAAAGACUUCUUCUUUUUCUUUUUUCAGAACAGUUAAGGAACUGUUUUUCUUUUCAAGAACAAACCAAAAACUGGUAUUGCUUAGGAGUCUCGAGCUAGAUCGAACAAUUAGUAUCCUCCAUAUUACAACUUAGUGAUUUAGCAAUGAAACAGCUGUGACCGUAAAUUCUCCGUUAACUUGCAGCCUGAUCGCCGCCAGAAGACAGCAAUGUCAGCAGAUCCUGUGGGUCAGAACAAGCCAAGAGACAGUAAAAAGGUGGAUAAAGAUUACUUUAAUUUAGUUUAAUUCGAAAGAAAUUUGGACAGGGCAGCAGAAGGAAUAAAAAAAAAUUGCACAGUCUAAUGGUCAUCCUUCACGUGCUUCACGAUUCAUUUAUUCAUUCCCAUUGUUUGUUCGUUCGUUCCUUCAUUCAUUUCUUCAUUCCUCCCUGCAUCAAUCCAUUCACUCCUUCCUUCAUUUCUUUCUUCCUUCCUUCCUUCAUAUAUUUAUAUUCGUUCAUUUAUAAUUAGUCAGCCACUCGUUCAUCCACUCAAUUCACUGGCCUCGCAACCUGAAGACACAUAAAAGUUGUUGUUGUUGUUUUUCCGUUUUAUCGAGUCCCUGACAUGACAAUGAGUCUAAUUAUUAAUGCCUGAAGAAUGACUUUGUAUACGUUUGCAAGGCCACGAGAUACACUGACCCUGGCGACGUAUGGAGGAAAUCUAAAGGGCGUGGAGAAGAAAGAGCAUCUGAAACGCCUUCAACUUCCAACGAUGGCAAACCAGUCGAAGAGUCACGUUUGAAUGUAAAUAUUCCCUCAUUUCAUAAUUUUUUAACACCUCUUCCCUUCUUCCCCCGUCUAGGGCAGACCACCCCUUCCUUUCAUACUUUAUUUGAGCCCAGAGUUUUCUAAAUAGAAGGUUCCUCCAAGAGGCUUUUGACGAUUUAUCAGCAACUUGUGUUCAAAACUUGCAUGUCAGACUUUGUAAGGUUGCUAGGCUGACAAUUGCAUCCGCAGUGACUGUAGCAUCGAAUUUCUGUUGUCUGAGGAUCUCAGCAUACUAUUUGCUCCACACCUAGUUUUCAGGACUAUUCAAAAAUUUUGGCAACUCAUCAGAAACUGUUUGUGAGCGACAAUUUUUCUGAUCGACAUAUGCGUGCAAGGGUAGAACAAAUUAAGUCACGAAAGAAGUUCCAAAACUGAAAUUUUCGUCAUUUUUGUCUUUUUCCUCUGCAUGCUCCUCAUGCACAGGAGCCAUCACCUGAUGAUAGUUUUCCCCAAUGUUCACAUGGUGUGAGUCGUGAUCUUACAAGUAUUGAUUGCAUAAGCUUUUGCACUGUCCGCAAACAGUAAUAUUGUUUCUAUUAGCACAUUACUUAGUCUUUUGGUUUGAGCUCUAGUCACUCGAUGUUUUCUAUGUUUCAUAUCACUGAAUGUUCGAUACAGUCCUCUAAUAAGCGAACAUUUAUUAAGCUUGGUCACCCUCCUAUUAAACGGUAACGUAACGAGAUGUAUCGUACUAGUGGUCUUUUACUUCCUUUCUUUUGGCGCAAGAUGAUCGGGUAGAAACAUUUUCAGGUCAGCUUGUCGUGGGAUACAUCUACUUUCUUGGAUAACUCAGGUUUUUCAAACCUGUAUUACACUGUAAGGUCAUUCAUCUGAAAUGGAUCCUACACUGAAUUUUUUUUUUCAAACUUUCACUACGUAAAAUUUAGUACAUAUAAACUUCAGAAAUCAAAAAUGGGGGUCCCCUUGCUAACUAUUAAGAUAUCAAGGAUGCAAACACCCCCAUCCUGAGGGUAUUUUCGCCAAUGUGCUUUCUCAAUUUGCAAAGUCGAAAAAAAAGAUUCAGACAUGCAAGUAACAUAAAAAAGGUAGAUGUAGAUGGCACUCUUAGAUGUAGCAAGUUGGUGAUCUUUCAUGAGUUUCGCUGAUCUCUUCAACAACCUCAAAAUCUCUUCCCCCCUCCUUUUCUUUAAAACCUCUUCGCUGAUAUCUCUCGUCGUUUAAUUUUUACUUAACCCUGCGGAAACAGCCUCGUUUGCUCUUGGCCGAUCUCCGAAGGAAAUGGCCGCCGUCUUGGGAAUGUUGCAAAUUACUCGCAAUUAGGGUUGAUGUCAUGCGCAGUGCAAAACAGGAACAUGAUCUUAAGAGGUCGGUAAGCCGUUCCCGAAGGGUUGCCGCUUAUCAAAGGUUUCACUUAAUACUGCCGAUUUUCGGUGUUGGUUUCUUGGUAGGCCUUGGUCACUGAAUACUUGUGGCGGAGCUGUCCCGCGCGAAGCGCGCACAGCGAAGCACCAUGGGUAAGAAAAUUUGUAAACUAUGCAUCCAAGAAAUUUUGGUUCUGAGAAAAUCGUCCGUACGGAGUACGUCCGUACGUGAGUUCACCCCUUCAUGUAAGCCGAAGUGAAAUUUUGCAUUUCAAGUACCCGCGCGUUUCGGCAGUAAAAUCGCAUAGCCAUCCGGACUUUUAGAGAUUAAAAACAACGACAACGAAGCCGAUUCUUUCUUUCGACUUAAUUUUAAAGUCUUCAUUGGCGUGGAUAAUAGGAAAGAGCUAGAGCCAGAGAUUAGAAAUGCAAAGAAGACCAAUUUCGUUGAAGAAUAACAUGAAAAUUUUAUAGUGGCUGUGAGAAAAUGAGAAAUGCUAGCGGCCACCAAAGUAAAAAUGAGCGGCAGCAAAAAAAAAAGUGAAAAGGACCACAUACAACAUUUCCGCCAUAAAACGUGUAACUGGGAAGUUUUUGGGAGUUUCACGUUGUCGUCGUGCAAAACAGCGGCAAAGAAAUGUACAAAAAAGUGUGCUACAAGUGAAAAGUUUUUUUUUUGCUAAUUAGACCUAUUUUUUGUUUUUGUUUUGUUUUGUUUUUUUUUUGUUUUCAUUGCCGUCGCCGUCGCCGUUUGGUUAGCAUUACACGAUUUUAUAUUUUGUUUCAGUAAACUAUAGAUAUUAAUGAGAGCUUCCCUUUUAGCUAAAUCUAUAUAUUAUUUUGGUGUUCUGACUAGAGUGAAAGGUGGAGCAUUGCUAAUGCCCUAACCAUUGAAAUCUAAGGAAAAAGAUAGGGGAGGGGGCGUUAACCACGCACUUUUUAGCCAUAAUUAUAUUAAUAACACUACAUAAUUAUUAUAUUUAUGUCUUUCAAACUGCGCUGUCUCAGAGAUAUUUGAGCGAAGAGAUAAUAUCAAAAAGUUUGAAAGACAUGAAUAUAUUGAAAUAACCCAUGGUCAGAUUCUCUUUUCUUGUAUAGCUAAGAGCUGAGCAAAACAGCUUUACCAUUAUCUCUAACUUGAGGGAGAUAAUCGUUACCUGGAUACCUUGCUAAAAAUUGACUGAAUGUUUUAUUUUUCUUUAGCUGAGGAAAAUGAAGUCAACGGUCGACUCAGUCAUUCAAACCUUUUCUAAAAAGAAGGACAGGGGCGAGAAACAGAUGCGGGAUUGCUGAUUAUUAUUUGUACCAAGAAGAAUGAGAAUCUAUAAUGGUUCUGGUUUUCAGGUUCAUUUUAUUUAACUCGGUACAAUAUGCACAUUUUUGUAGAGAGACAUUUUUGUAACGUCAGUUAGUCGAGAUAUCAAGAAGCUAGACUUGUCGAUUACAUUACAAACUUGUACAAAGUUAGAAAGUUUCACCCGCCUGCAGCGAACAUUCUCUCUUUGUGUUAAAGGCUCGAAAUAGGGUUCCGUUUCCGCAAGAGGGAAACUCGCUAUAAGAACCCAGAUUUAACGUCACUUUGCUAGUACAAGAAUAACAAUUUCUUCGGAUUUCAUUAAUUACUAAAUUUUUCGAAUUUUUAAAAUAUCCUUUAUUCGCACUUGCAAAAUUAGGAAAGGAUGAAUUUCUUUAAUCUUGUGCGUUUAAGCUAUUUUUUCUGCAAAUUUUAGUACAUAAUAACGAUAAUAAUCAUAAUCAUAACUAUAACAAAAUUGUCAAAUCUGAUUGGCUAUCAACUGCCCUGAUUUCAGCCUUAAUUGGACAGUUUAAUAAGACAGUACGUGUCAUGCCUAAGUAAUUCGACAGUACGCGCUAUCACGCGCGCGCUUAAAUG